AUGAAUUUGUUGAGUUUUAACAUUCAUGGGUGUGACUCUUCACUAAAGAGAAGAAGGGUUGGUAAAAUUAUUACUGAAGGAAAAAUUAAUUUCUAUUUGAUUCAGGAGACAAAGAUUAAGGUAUUUAAUGAUAAAUUAGGUAGAUGUAUAUGGGGAAAUGGUGAUUAUGAUUGGUCCGCUUCUGGCUCGGUUGGACAAUAUUGGGGAUUAUUGUUAAUCUGGAAGAAGAUCCUUUUAUGUCCCUUGUUUACCUUUAAAGGAAAAGGCUAUUUGGGUGUGCAUGGACAAUGGAAAGGAACAAAUUGUUUCAUAGUAAACAUAUACUCCUCAUGUAGCAUUGUGGAUAAAAGAUUACUAUGGUCUGAGUUGCUCAAUUUGAAAUCUAGUAUGCCUUUGGGGGAAUGGUUGAUUGGAGGAGAUUUUAACGCAGUCAAGACAACUUCAGAAAGGAUGGGUAGGGGUCGACCAAAUUUUGUUGAAAUGGAAGAGCUCUCAUAUUUCAUUGAUGCAAUCGGUUUGAUUGAUUUACUUGUUGUGGGGAAUAUGUUUACUUCGUUUAACUCUAGUGGAAAGUGUAGGAGCAGACUUGAUCGUAUUUUAUUGUCUGAUUACUUGAUAAGGAGGUGGAAGGUGGUGGCUCAAAAGGUGGAUGACAAAGACGUCUUAGAUCAUAGGUUGGUGUGGCUAUAUUCCAAUAACGCAAACUGGGAGCCAAAAACUUUCAAGCUUAGUUUGAUCAUCCAGAGUUUUUAG